CGGCACGAAAAUUCUCUCGGCAGAUAGUUUGAUCGCAAAGGACGUCGUUAGCAGCGUCGUUAUCGAGAAUCCACUGCCUGUUGUAGUUCCCAGCGUCGCGCAGAACGAAGAACGCAGUACAUGGGCUGGAACAGAAUCCGCAGAGCAAGGUUACUGUGCAGACGAAGGCCGGCAGGCGAGCGCCACACUUUUUCCGACCCUGUUGACCAGCAAUAGUGUGGCGGUAAGCCAUCAUCUCACCGCGAAGGACCUUUUGACCACCCCGAUCAAAGACCUGUUUGCAAAAUCGAGCACAUUUUCUGCGAAGAUGAAAGUGAACAGUAAAGCUCUUCUGACGAAAAGUACUAGCAGCGUCAAAAAUAAAAGCCUGGUCCUCUCACUUAGCAAGAAUGAUCAAGAGACCACAUCUUCUGCGAGCAAGCCGGCGCGGGAAGAGAAUUUCGAAAAUGUUUGGAAGAAAAGCUACGAAAAGCUGGAGAACAGUAUUGUUUACGGAACGACAUCCCCCAACGGUCUGCAGCACAACCAGUACGCAUUUUCCCCCACCCCCUCCCGCGACCGCAGCGGAGCGCGGAGCAGUGGUCGUAGCCCCAAGUGGUCCGGGCGAGGACGCAGCCGCACUAGGAGCGGCAGCCCAGGACUGAAAGUGCGUGACGCAUCCGCCCACCGUACUAGCGCAUCUCCGACGCCCCUGUCGCCCAGUUUGAAACAGGCCGCCGCGUUUGCGGAUAAGGUCUCUGGGUCUAUUACUUCCACGCCUGGGAGUCCGAGCAAAUCCAUUUUGGUUGGCGGGUCCUCAAAGAACGCGACGUCUCCGACUGCAACAUCUGUGCGAAAGCAGUACUUUCAGGGCGGACCGUCUGGGAUGAAGAAUGCUAGUGAAGAGAGGAAUAAAAGCGCAGACCACACUGAUCUAUGGUCGCCGCCCAUGCGGAAGGUGUAUUUCCCCUCACGGUUGACAACUUGCGUUCCGGUGAAGUGUGACGAGGAAAAAGGUCCUGCUUCUCCCCCGUCAUUCACUAAGAAGCGAGCGGUUCAUCUUCGGUCUCGCAGCUCGUCAGUCCGGAGGGGCGCCGGUGGGAAGAAUUUCAUUCAGUUGAACCGUAACGGGCUGCAGAGUAGUUUCGCGCGGAACAGCCAAAAGCGCUCGGAGGAUCAGGGCAACCCACCUGUUGCAGCAGUCGGCAGCGAGGCCCCGAAAGAUUUUAUUGGCACUGUGCAUUCUGAACAGCGCGGUUCCGUCGAAAGUUCGCGUGCCGACGAAGUAUUCGAAAGGUCGGAAAAUAGACCGCCUGAACAAGCUUCGCCUUCGUCCCCGACCGCCAGCCCUUCUCGGCGCCAGUAUUCGCAAGGCAAG